CAUUCAUUUUCGAACGGAUAUAUGAAGAUCUACGAUCUGAUUUUUGUCAGCAAUUUUAUAUCAUUGGUUUGGAAAUACAUACGCAAAAAUUUGCUCUUUCCAAGACCAAAAAUAAAAAUUGUAAAAAUGGUAAAUCUGUGAGAGUACAGCUUUAAACUCUUAUAUAAAAUCGUAACAAUUGCUACCCUCUGUUGACAAUGUAAAUAUGGUUGACAUGGCAACGUUUUUUCAAAUCAUUUUAUUUUUUGUCAUUAAUUAUUUAUACUAUAAUUUCAUGUCCCUUAAGUUACAACAUUCUUUCAAGCAUCUCAAUAAUAUACUAUAUAAAGGAAUGAAGGAGACUUCAAACAUGCUAAUGAUAAAAUAGAUCAUUUAAUAUUUUCAUUGUCAAGUUUGGAACAAGGCAUUAUUGUAGUGAAAGGCAAACUUUACCCCAAUAAGAUGGAAGCUUAUUUAACUAAAAAUAAUAAGUUGACAACUAUCAUAAUAUCUAUGAAGUUUGAAGUUUUAAAUUAGAUGAUUUUUUGUCUUGUGUUGUUGUUUUGUUGAUUAACUUCGUGGAAAGUUUUACACGUACGCCAAUAUACCCCACUCAGCCUUGAAGACACGGUGAUUGAGUUUGAAUAUAACUGCGCAAAUAGAUUCAUAAGCGGCAGUUCAAUUAAAACUACGCAAAUGAUGAAGGUGAGAAUACGAGUAAAUCAAUUUGUAUGGCUUCUAUGGAUUAUCUUGGCAUACAAUUCUGCCGUUAAAGGGGAGGUUACAAUCCUUAUGAACGAGAAUGAUGUGCCUGCAGUCCUUCCGUAUGAUCUGCGGUUGCUGGAGGGUAGCCAUCUCAAAGUGGAGUGUACCUCGAGUGCGGACACGAGCGACAUCACCUGGGAGAUCAGGCCGGAUGCCGGAGACGCACAGACCGUCCACAACCGUUCCCUGGAAAUACCGAUAGUGCUUCCGCACGAUGCCGGCACGUAUACGUGUCAUGCUACCGCCAACCCGAACUCCACCAGUGUAGAAAGCCUGGGGUUCACACUGGAGGUGCUGUAUCUACAUAGCCCCUUAAUUUCCGGUAUGACGGCCGUGUUUGAGGAGGAAGCGGUCCGCCUCGAAUGUCGCGUUGACGCAUUCCCCAAACCCGCAUACCAGUGGAGAUCCCGGGCUUUGCUAAUUUGCAUAUUACCAACCAAGUUUACAUCCGGUAUGAACGUACUUCCGUUUUAACGGAACGUUAUUAUGAACGCACAUCCGCCGCCUACAGCGGACCGUUACACUAAUCCACCGCCUACAGCGGACCGUUACAACACUACCUGAAGAUAUUAUGAACAAACGUUCUUAAAACAUUCUUCAGAUUCUGCAUCUAAACAGGAAAUGAUGUCAUUAACAAACUACAAACCGGUUUUUACGUCAUUGUUUAUUAAAAGAAUGCGAAUUUUGUUUAUGUUGUGAUCCUCACUGGAAAUCAACUCUGUAUUCAUUAUACGUAUAAACAGAUCGGUAUAUAUACGUUGUUUUAAUUUCUUCCUGGUACUACAUUUCUGCCAUACGUGUAUUGCGAGAAUUGGUAUUGCUUAGUCAGUUUGUGAUAUUCGGCUCAUCAGAGCUGGUGAAACAGGUACUACAAUGAGGUAGGUCUUUUUUGCUAUUUUUUUUCCGGAAAAAUCAAGUGAUUAAAAGAAUCCGGGACUCGUCAUCAUAUAAAACAUAGUAUAUUAGUCAACUCGUCCAGGAAAUCUGUCAACCUAAGCUCAUCAAAGGGUCGCUACUAACAAAUGCCAUGAACUCCUGUUGAUGGCAAAAAGCAGGGAGUUUUUAUGAUGACUUCGAACUUAAACAUACAAACGAACGUACAACUGGUGUCGCUGCACCUACAUGUACCUUUAGAGCAUUUUUUAACGGAAAACUUUACAGAAAUGAGAAUUUUACGAAAAAUAGUAAAAAUUGCUGCGUGGUUCACAUUCUGAAAUAUCACUCACUUUAGUAAUAUAUAUUAGUAGUAUAACUAAAGAGCACAGGGGCAGGGUGCACACACCAAUAGUAACCCUCAACCCCCUGCUCAAUUACCAAAAGGCAAACAUAUUCCCAAGCUUAUAUUUGCCAAAAAAUACACAGGUUAAAGAGGUAAUAAGAUAUCAAUUAUGGGCUUUAAUUGAAUAGAUACUAUCACUAUUCAAGAAGAUGUACACCUUUACCGAAAACUGUUGCUUUUUUAGCCUGAGAUACAUAAAGCAUGCCACUGGUCGAACCAACUACCCGCGAUUUUCAUCCAAGUUUUCCAGACAAAAAAUGUUGCAUCCCGCUACGACAAUAUUAUAUCAACACUAACAAACACCAAACAGGUAAAGUCUACUAUUGUUGAGUAAGGUUGAGAUUCGACAAAGUUAUGGCCUCUUGAACAUGGUCUGUUCGGAAAAUAUAGGCAGUUCACCUAGUCCUUUGUUAAGAUAAAACUUUUCAUAUUGUUGAACACGCAAUGAGUUAUGACGUCAUUGUUUAUUCCAAUAUUGAACUGAUUGGAAUAGUGCGACGUCAUUAAACCUUUUGAUAAACGACAUUACGGCCCGGUUGUUCAAAACUCUCGUUAAAUUACUUACGCUUAUGCUGACAUGUUAGCGUUAACCGUUAGCGUUAACGUUAACUAACGCCAUCAGCGUUAUCCUGUUGUUCAAAAAUCUAUAGGCGUAAGCGUUAGCUAACACUGAUGUAACGCUUACGUGUUGGCGUUAACACCAGCGUUAAGCUCACUUCCUGUUUGUAUUUCCAUAAUCCUUUACAAUUUCUGUGGUCUGAUGCGGCGAAAUUACAAUUAAACUUACCCUGUCCACUUGAAGGGUAAAUCCACUUAAAAUGUUAAACUUGUAUAACUAAGUCACAGGCAGUGGUGUAUUUCAUUAUUCAUUUCAUCACUUUGCUAUUUUUUAGUCAAUAUUAAAUGAAUAAUGAUAUAAAAAUUAAGGAUGCGUUUUGUUUUGUGAACCAACCGUUAUACGUAAAGGCAUAUAUAACAUGAUAUAUAUACACUGGUAUAUCUAUA